GCACGUUACAUGGCAGGACAUCAUGGUGGGCGUUGAGAGCGGUCUUCUCAUGUUUCCAAUAAACAUCCUCAUCAUCACCAUAUUCCGAAGCAUCAAACCUCGCAUCGUUUCAAAGUCUCAAAAAAGCAGCUCGGAGGACACAAUGAGGCCGCGGGAGGUUACCGUCCCAACCAUUCUAAAGGAAACCGAGGAGGUCCUUUCGCUGCUAAGCGGAAGUCUGCGGAACAAAAUGGCACAACUGUCCAGACUGGAGUCCAUUACUGAUCUCUUUUCAGCCUUUAACAGAGUGCAUGAAUUCAUCCAUCUUAUGCAAGGGGAAACUGAAAGCGACCUGCAUUGGGUUUAUUGCAGCAAAUUCCUCCGAGCUGCACUUCGCCGCCUGCUCAUGUGUCUGGAAAGUUUGGAUGGAAAGAACUUCCCGACUCCGCAGGAUUACACACGAGCACUAGACAUCAGCAACCUGCUGGUUCGCAAGUCCGACAUGGUCUUCAGCAGUCAUUUAGUAUACUGCCCACCUCCAACGAAAAAGAAGAGGGUGUCAUCUGAGUGCCGGUUGCCCUGGUGGUGUGCGUUUCUCGGCUGGUUCCUGCUGAUUUCCCUGAGCGGCGUGUCCACAUUUUUCACUUUACUCUAUGGCUUUUACUAUGGCAAAGCAAAGUCCAUCAAGUGGAUCAUGUCUCUAGGCCUCUCUCUUUUCCAGAGUAUUUUUAUACUGCAGCCUCUCAAGGUGAUUGGAGUUGCUGUCUUUUUCGCCCUGUUGCUUAAACCAGUAGCUGUUGACGAAACUGAAGAAAUUGAACAAGUGCUUUCAGAACAGAAGACGACAAAUGCAGGCGUUACUCCAGGGGCGAACUCUGAGUGUGCAGCAAUCCCUCACAUCCUCUUUUCUUCCCUUGAACGCAUUGGACGAUAAAUUUACAUUCUCUUUUGUAUAUGCUUCAAUAGACUGGAUCGAUUUGACAAUGUUGAUUUAUGGUAGGGCCUUACCUUUAAUGGUAGUGUGUGUGUUGUUUUUUGAGCAGGCUGGCUCCUACAAAAAUGUCAGAGCAAAAAUUUGUCAUAAAUGGAGCAAGCAUAAUGCCUUUUUAUUGAAACAUUGUCACAAAGACAGCAUGCUCAAGAUUGUUUGGUGUGAGUCAGAAUUCUGGAAAUACUCAAUGCUGUUCUGAGUAAACUGACCAGAUAUGGUCUUUUGCAAGACAAAAGACAACUGAAUAAAAACAAUCCUGUUCCUUCAAAUUAUCCUUGACGAAAGUGUGGCAAGUUGGCAACACUUUUUAAAAUUACCUUAUCAAUAGAUUUGACAACACUUUUUAAAAGUACCUGAUCAUUGGAUUUAGCAUAGUUGUUAAUUUUUCAUGACAUCUUUUCUUUGAAACUAGACAACAAUUAAGUUAACUCCAUUUGUGGAGUGUGGAGAUGACUUGUGAA